AAUUAUAACAAGUUUCACGUUGAGAAGAAACGUGCUUUGCAAGUAAAAUUCAUAUAGGUUAUGUUAACUUUUUUUUGUGUUUGAAACAUUUAAUCCGAAAAGACUAAAAUACUUAAAAUACUGUAAGUAUGGCUGUAGAUAAAUCGCAGUCUCAUAGGGCUGGUGUCUUUAAACAGACGAAUAAAGAGCAUAAGCAUGGAAAGCACAGGUCAAAAGGGGCUCUAGAUGACGCUGCUAAAGGAAAAGUGUCUGUAAAAAACGCAGUCAGAAGGCAAAAAGGCGACCUUACUAGAGACCAGCGGCGUAACCAAUCUGCCCAAAUACGGCAAAAGAAGCGCGAAGAAAUACUAGCAAAAAAACGUGCUCUGGGAGGAUAUGAGGCAUCGCCAUUUCUUAUCGCUGUUUUACCAUUGAAUAGGGAAUUCGAUCCUACUACGGCUAUAACAAUCCUGUGUCAAUGCGAUGAAGGUGCCAUUAUAAGAAAAACAUCAACUGGAGUAACCCACAUUUGCCUACCACGGUUUAAGAAGAGAUUUUCUUUCGUUGUUCCAGCUAAUGACAAUGAACUUGAUGUUAUUGAUACUUUGAAAGUAGCUGAUCAAGUUUUAUUCUUACUAUCUGCCAUCAAUGGAACGGAAUUUAUUGAGCAAAUUGUCGAUCAAUGGGGCAAGAAGAUACUCAAAUCCGGCUUGGCACAAGGCUUGCCAACGCCAAUUGUAGCUCUCGCAGACCUUGAUAGUGUAGCUCCAAAAAAACGAGCAGACUUCAAACUAGGUGUACAAAAAAUGGUCACCAGCUGGCUGCCUAAGGAGAAACUAAUGGUUUUGGAUCGGAACUGCGAUGGCAUAAAUAUUUUGCGCAGACUUGGUGACCAAAAGAGGAAAACUAUUUUAUAUAGAGACCACAGGCCUUAUGUGUUAGGGGAAGAGCUUGAAUACAUACAAGACGAUCAAGGUUCAAUGGGCACUUUAAAAGUCACAGGAUAUUUGAAAGGGGCGACGUUAUCUGUGAAUCAAUUAGUUCACAUUCCUGGUUUAGGAGACUUCCAAUUGGCUCAAGUAGAUGCAGUUACCGAUCCGAAUAACCUGGAAAAACACAAGUGUAGAGAUGCGAAUGGUGCGGAAAUUAUAAAAGUCCACGUUCUAGAGGUGUGCGAUCCUACUAAGCAGGAGUCAUUGGACUUAUACAUGUCCGAUGCUAUGGAUGUGGACAAUGAUAUGCUGCCUAGCGAAUUGCACGUUGAUACGGCCGAUCAGAACGCGAAGGCAGAGACCUCCAAACCGAAACCCGAAGGAUGGUCAGACUAUCAAGCUGCUUGGAUUCCAGAUGACGACACCGAGUUUCAACAAGAUGGAAUCAGCGAAAGCGAUACUGAAAGUGAAGGUGAAAUGAUGGAUGCUAGAUCAGAAGAUCGAUCUUCCUGUGCAGAUGAAGAUAGUGACGGUGAUUCGCCCACAGGGUCCGAAAUAGAUGUGAACGAUGAUAAAUACGAUAACGGUAUGGACCUGAACAUGGAACAACAAGAUUUGGAGAAAUUGAAAGCCGCAAAAGCUGAUCUUAUAUUUCCCGACGAGAUUGAUACACCACACGGUGUGCUAGCCAGAGAUAGGUUCCGAAAAUACCGGGCAUUGGAGAGCUUUAGAUCGUCGCCUUGGGAUCCCCUAGAAAACUUGCCAAAUGAUUAUUCCAGGAUUUGUCAGUUUAAAAAUUUUGCGCACGCAAAGAAGAGUGUUUUUAAAGAAGAUGAAAAAAAACCUGGGGCUAUGCCUGGUUUGUACUUAACAGUGCACGUGAAAAAUGUAUCCCAACUGAUGUGGUCUGCUUUUGAGAAAACCCGCUCUCCAGUAAUUUUAUCAGGACUAUUUCCUCACGAGCACAAAAUGUCUAUCUGUAAUGUAGUUUUAAGGCGAACACCAAACUAUGGAGGCGCAAUAAAGUCAAAGGAUAGACUAAUUUUCCAGUGUGGUUUUAGACGGUUUAUGGUUAAUCCGAUAUUUAGCCAACACACAAAUGGAACAAAACACAAGUUUGAGCGUUAUUUCCAAAUCGACGAAACUACUGUGGCCACAUUCUAUGCCCCCGUCCAGUUUCCACCGGCACCAGUAUUAUGCUACAAGGAAGUUUUGGGAACUCUGGUUUUAGUGGCCACAGGUAGUUUAUUGUCUUGCGAUUCCACUAGAUUGAUCAUUAAACGAACCGUUUUAUCAGGCCAUCCGUUUAAAAUUUUCAAGAAAUCAGCCAUCAUUCGGUUCAUGUUCUUCGACAGGCAAGAUAUUAUGCACUUUAAACCCUGUAGACUUGUAACCAAGAUGGGACGCAGGGGACACAUUAUGGAACCUUUAGGAACUCAUGGCCAUAUGAAAUGUAUAUUCGAUGGGCAGCUAAAGUCACAAGAUACCGUAUUACUGAAUCUUUACAAGCGCGUUUUUCCUAAAUGGACGUAUGAAGACCUGAUAGUGACCUGUGAGAACCAACCGAUGAAUAUGGAGACUUCAUGAUUUAGAACAAAAAUCAGUACGUAUAUAAAUACGUAUUACGUGAGAAAAUAUGGAUUACCUUCCAUAUUUUCUCGAUUGGUUGUUGUAAGUGUAUGUAAUUAGCAUUUAUUUGUAAACAUAAAUAGAUAAUUAAAUUUAUCAUCUUUUUACAAUAGAACUUUGGUACUAUGACUUAUAUUAGUAAGGAUUGUACAAAAAAGUCGACUCUAUUAAAGGCAAACAAUUUUUAAUUAAUAAAAAUACAUUUGAUGGUAAAAAACAUUAAA